UAACGGCUAGUUGGGUCACAGUGCCGGAACUCCAUCUUUCCGAGUAGCAGAGACGUUACUCUUCCAUCGACCAACUCUCCUCUCUUUGAAACCAUUAGCCCCAUCAGUUCCCCCUUUCAUCUGUUUUGCGGAUCCUCGACGACCAAGUCCCAAGAUCGCCGGGAGAAGCUGAAGAAAAGGAAGCAGGCCGGGAGACGCGGAAGAAAAGGAAGCAGAACCAGGAGUCCACCAUGGUAGCGGCUAGAAAAGAAUCCGUUCAUGGCUUUGAUGAAGAAGAAGAGCUGUAUGAGAAGAUUGAGGCACCAAAAUGGGUUGAUUUCACAACCCCAUCAAAGUGUCAGCCCGCCGACGACUAUGAGUGGUUCUGUCUGCGUGCAGGAUGCAAGCAAAAUCACGAUGAAGCGUUGGAUCCCGCCACUCUGAGUGCAAACUUCCUACGUCGAGUUAUGGAGGCAAGAAGCCCCAUCGUGCGGCUCGGAAAGGAUUCAAGAUUAUUAACCCCCAAAGCAAUAGCCAAGUGCCCUCUUUCGGCACCUGCCAAAGCCGCAAAAUCUAGAAUUCCAAGAUGGAAUGACAUUAACCGGAAAAAAGCGCCGGAAAGGGUUGUCCGUCAACUCAUCCCUGCUGCUGCUGAGGCAGCCGCAAGUCCGCAGCAUGUAACAAGUGCUAAGGCCGUCACGACCCCCAGCCACAAGAAGUGUCAGAACACUUCUGGAGCUUUCAGGAGUGUUCGUAGUUCUAAAGUUGUGAUCUCAGUGAAAAGGCAUACUAAGUCUGCUGCAAAGGCAUUGGUGUUUCAUUCUCCAAGGAAAAUUAGUAAGCCUGCAAAACAGAAAAGCGCCACACCAUCACGGGUACAUGCCGAAACGAAGAAGCUCGAGGUUGGAAGUGAAGGCAAUGGGAGCCUUGCUGUUGGUCAUCUGUGCAAGUCAUCCAGAUGUGCUGCAAAUGAUCCCAACUAUAAUACGCCAGUUUCUGUUCCACUAAAAACUCGGCUUUGUGCUCGCAAGCUUAAAACAGAGCAACAGGGGAAAGCAAUUUGUCUCAAUCCAAUUAAUCCAGAAGUACCGCCGGAUGUACGCAAUCAGCACAUGCAUCAACAAGAGCACCCGUUUGAUGAGGAAAGAAUCAUCGAUCAAAACAGCGUAGAAAACGAGAAGAAAUCCGGGCCGCAGGGAUCCAGCGACGAGCGUAGUUCUGGUUCUGUUGACAUGGAGAUUGAUGGGAAUUCAAGGCAUGGAUCUCUGGAAGUUUGCAGUGAGAUGAAAUGCUCAGUAAGAAGUGAAAGAAAAGAACGUGGAGAGAAGCUUCCUGCCGAACUUGCCGUUGGAGAAUCAGACAUUCAAGAUAACGGAGUUGCAGAAAGUCCACACAAAAAAACUAGCAUUAAUUUAGUUAAACAUGAUUCGGGACCAAGUGCAAGUGGGGAUGGGAAUGAAAGCUCUCUAGCAGAGACACAGGCGCAAAUCAAUGCCGUCAAUGUGACAAAGUGCAGUGAAACUAGAGAUACAAACUGUUCACAUGAUCUUACAUCGGAAGUAGCGGAAUGCAUGGCCAAAUGUGAGCAUGAUAAGCCCCACAAUCAAGAACCUCAAGUAACUCUCACCCCACAAAAACCGACAACUAAGGAAGGUUCAAUGGCGGAAAAUGCAGCAGAGAAACUUGAGGAGACCACUGGCAUUACGUCUGUGGCAGACAAUCCUAAGGAAAAGACACUCUCUAAACAUCAAAAUGAGAAAAGACAAGGAAUGAAUGGUAGCUUGAAAAGGUCGAACAAGAAAAGAAGUGCAAACAUUUUGAUAGACAUCCCAAUUCCAGAUCAAGAUUCAGAAAGAAAAGAUGUCACAACCCAACUAUCAAAUAUGACAUUAGAUGAUUUUGACAGCGAUGCCAACAAAGAGAACACUUCUACGUCAGCCAACAGCAACAUCAUCUCGGUUAACAAGUCUGAAAAAAGAUUAGGCAAGAAGAUCGCUUAUGAAAUUCCAAAGAAGAUUCUAGAAAUUGCACGGGAAAAGGUUCCCCAAGGAUCUGCUUCUGCCACUCGAAUGGAGCAUAAGACAAUAAAACUUACAAAUCCUAAACCUUUCAGGUUUAGAACCAAUGAAAGAGGAAUUCUUAGGGAAGCAAAUUUGGAGAAAAGGCAGCAACAGCCUGAAGCCUCAUUAGACGCAGUGAAAAAACAAACUGAUUUGUUGCGGCAGGGAAAAUAUUACCGUCAGACUGAACAGUGCAAGAAUGGUAGCGUUAGAAAGACGCAAACUGCAUCAAACAUGAAGGUAGUGAAAUCACGAUACCUUGCAUCAGGAAAGACGAGACAGCAAAAGAUGGAGAUGACUACUCAGCAAACACACAAGUUGGAUGGAGAAAAACUAUUGGCAGAAAAUAACAUGGCAGAGAAAGUGAAGGAUCAGACUUCUCAGAUGCAUCAAAAGCAGGAGGAGCUUAUCAGGGAGGCGAAACCUAGAAAGAAGUGGAACGCUUCAACUUUACCAGAAAAAGGUAAUUGUGAUGCAAACGAGGGCUUAAUCCUUCCUAAGCAACAAAAAGUUGAAAGCUUUGAAGUCUCAACUGAGAGUGCCUGCACCAAUGGCAGAUGCUGCUCACGCGGGAAAAGGCAUCCCACCAUACCAAAAGCACCCAAUUUUCAUAAUACCCAUAUACCCAAGACUUGUUGUGCAAAGAAAUCAGCAAAUUAACGGCUCCUAGAUGAUCAACUUCCCACUAAGUGGGAGUCUGUGGUCUUCAACAGUCAAGAUUCUUUUCCGUUCAUCUGUAAAAGGAUUUGCCUAGACAUAGGUCUAAUGUCUAGAAUGAAAAUCAAAGUGUUCCUUAUUUGAAUUAUGAGAGC